ACACCCACCACUGCCUACCCACGCCACCUGCGGCACUGUCACCGACGGCGCCAAGGCGCAGAGAGCCAUCAAGGUCCAGAGCAGCAGCACACCACUCUCGAGGCUCAGCUCCCCAUCCUCAAUCACCAGCAUCACAUCCUACCGACUCCAUCAGCGGCUGCUGCCGAGGAGAUAAGAAGCAGCGCCAUCAACAUACAUUGCUGCAGCUCCUGGCCCACUGCUGCCUCAUCCAUCACCAUCACACCAUCUGCUUCUGCGCCGUAUCCGCCAUGCCACUCGGUCAUGCUUCUCACCCUUCCUACGCCUCCACAGACUCCCUCGUAUCCUCCAAUUCCUCUUCUGCCGGCGGCGUGCAUCGGCGCAUCCGGGCGCCAAAACUGGACAAGGAUGAGGAGCAGCAAGGCGGAAGUCCCCUGGUCAAGGCGGGCAUCGUAAAAGGCGAUGGCCUGAUGCUCUUCAUCACUUGCUUUGCCAGUCUGGGCGUAUUCCUAUUCGGGUACGAUCAGGGUGUCAUGUCUGGCAUCAUUACAACGCCUGCCUUUCGCGCCUUCUUUGACAAUCCACAUCCAGCAGAGAUCGGUACCAUGGUCGCCGUCCUCGAGAUCGGCGCCUUCUUCAGCUCCAUCGCAGCGGGCACCCUAGCGGACGUGUUCGGUCGCAAGGCCAUACUCUUCUGGGGCGCCCUCAUCUUCUCCAUCGGCGGCGCAAUACAGACUCUCACCAGCGGUUUCACCGUCAUGGUCAUUGGCAGAAUCAUUGCCGGAGUCGGUGUAGGUUUCAUGAGUAUGAUUGUGCCAGCCUAUCAGAGCGAAAUCUCGCCUGCGGAGAACAGAGGCAAAUUGGCAUGCAUAGAAUUCACGGGCAACAUCAUCGGCUAUGCUUCAUCAGUCUGGGUCGAUUACCUCUUUUCCUUCAUCCCUGGCAAUCUAGCUUGGCGACUGCCCUUGUCGCUACAGUCGAUCAUCGGACUCACUCUCUGCUUCGGCUCGCUGCUCAUACCCGAGUCACCUCGUUGGCUUUGCGACAAGGACAAGGAUAAAGAAGCUAUGCGUGUCCUCGCCGAUCUCCAUGGCAACGGCGACCCUCGCAGCCGCAAGGCAAAGCGCGAGUACAGGGAGAUCAAGGGCAAUGUUCUGACUACCAGGGAGGAAGAACGGGACAAAGGGCGUGGUUAUCUCGAGAUGUGGCGACGCUACAAGAAGAGGACCUUGAUCGCUUGCUCCAGCCAGAUGGGGGCGCAGUUAAACGGUAUUAACGUAAUCUCUUACUACGCACCGAACGUCUUCCUGGCCGCUGGAUGGGUAGGACGCGACGCCAUCCUCAUGGCUGGCAUCAAUGCAAUCUUCUAUGUCCUUUCCACGAUUCCCACAUGGUACCUCGUCGAUGCCUGGGGAAGAAGACCAAUCUUGCUAUCCGGCGCAAUCCUCUGCUCACUGGCCCUCUUCGCGACCGGCGGUUUCCUGAGGCUUGACGCUUCGUACACCCCCAACGCCGUCGUUGUCUGCGUCAUCCUCUUCAAUGCCGCAUUUGGCUACAGCUGGGGUCCUAUCCCAUGGUUAUACCCGCCCGAGAUCAUGCCACUCUCCUUCCGGGCAAAAGGAGCCUCUCUCGCUACUGCAACCAAUUGGUUCUUCAACUACGUCGUAGGCGAGCUGACUCCAAUACUGCAGGAUGCCAUUGCUUGGCGUCUCUAUAUCAUGCAUGCACUGUUCUGCUUGGGCAGCUUCACGCUAGUAUACUUUGUGUACCCAGAGACAGCCGGAAAAAGUCUCGAAGAGAUGGAAGAGGUGUUUGGUGACGCGUUGCCCAAAGAGGAUGAUGACGACGACGACAGCGACGAUGAUGACAAUGUAGUCAGCUUUGGGGCUAGAGCCGCGCCCAUACAGAUCGGAGACAAUUCCAAUGCCGGCUCUCAGCGACAACAACCACCCGAGCAGGAGGUACAACAGGCGCAAGCUACGAGUGGUGGCCCUGCCACCCAGACGGAACAGAAUAGUGAGGCCCAAGACAGCGGUGGUGGCAUUCUUGGUUGGGUGACGUCGUGGUGGCAAACAGGGUCUCGUGGUGACAGUACCGGGUAUCAGCAAGUAUCUUCUCGGCCAUCGGCGACAUGAAUGAAUGAGAUUGCGCAUCUGUUUGAAUAAGAAAGCUCGAGAUUCUUCUUUGCAUAUUGAUGCGUAAUGAAUGAAACACAUGGGGUGCACAACCUG